AUGGAACUCGUUGACUCUGACAGUGACGAGGAAUUCGACGCAGCUCUUUUCGUUGCGUUGUGCAAAGUGGCACGGGUCGACCGUCACCGAAUCAACGGGUACUUUGAGAAGGUGACAACUGAAUACUUGGACUUUGAAUUCAAAAUGCUGUUUAGGCUGUCGCGUGAGACUUUUAACAGUCUGUGCACGUGGUUCAGGUUGUCGCCAUUCUACCCGAAAAGUGUCUCCGGCCGUCCGCAGAUCACAGCAGAAAAGACUUGCCUCAUAACUUUGAGCUACCUUGGUGCACAAACAAGCAUGUACUCGGUGGCAGAUAGAUUCGACGUUUCUGAAUCAUCAGUUGUGCUGUGCAUGCAGAGGGUGCUCAAUUUUCUGCAGGCGAUCAGCGCUGAAGUGAUAUGCUGGCCUACCGCUGCCGACAUGGCCCGCAACAAAAUGGCCUUGCUGACAAAAAGCGGUGGGAAAGGCCCCCGCAACACCGUGGGAUGCAUUGAUGGUGGCCACAUUGAGAUUCUGAAGCCGGACGACUCCACUGCAUCAUACAUAAACAGGAAGAAGUGGGCGUCUAUAAUCUUCCAAGCAGUUUGCAACGACCAAAACAGAUUUUUGGAUGUCUUUAUUGGCUUCCCUGGUUCUGUGCAUGACGCCCGGGUAUUGAGAGAAAGCACCUUCUUUGAAGAGGCUGCAGCCAAGUGCGGUGACUUUUAUAUACUUGGAGAUUCAGCAUACCCCUUGUUACCUUGGCUUAUGACGCCGUACAAAGACAAUGGCUCCAGCUUUCCAACAUGGAAAAAAAAAUUCACCAAGUUUCACAGUCAGCAAAGGGUGGCCAUUGAGAACUGCUUUGGCCUUUUGAAGCAAUGCUUCAGAAGGCUGUAUCUUGUUGAUGCCAAGACAAUUAUGCAGUGUUGUCUCAUUGUUAUGGGAGCAUGUGUACUUCACAACAUGUGCAAUUCUGAAAGAGAUUUCAUUGCAGAACUUGCAGACCUGCCCCCUCACGAUGAUGUUGGCAAUGAUAAUGAGCCAAGCGAAUGCGACACAUCCACAUCGCAAUGUGAAAGCCGAAGGCGACACAUUGCCCAAUAUCAAUGCUGA